ACCACAAUUCCACUUUGCUGCUAAACAAGACAUUUCGGACACUUGUAUUAUAUUUGACGUAGGCCGUUUUCUCUUCCAGGGUGUGAAAAAAAAAAUAAAAUCAAUAGCUUUAACGUUUUCUUUUUAGGAAAGUGCGACAUCAACACUUGAUCUUCUUUUUCGGGCAAUAGAGGAUGCAGACAAGUGCAGCACUAACAUUUUGAACAGUGUAAGUUACAGUAUGUUAUGAAAACAUUAACGAUGGCAUUUUUUAUUAAUUGGGCUGGCUGCAUCCGAAGAACCCAGGAGAAUCUGAAUCGAUAAUUGAAUAGCCGGUUUUGAACAGAAGUCAAGGGGGCGUGGUCUUGGCGUGUGCAGCCACCUGAUGCAUGCACGCGAGCAGACAGCCACGCAGCAUUUCACACUGAGACGCUCCUCGAAAGAAACGGCGUGAAAGUCACGCACAUGGGUGGGGAAGCCCUCGGGAAGCCCGCCAGGGUGUAAGCGUGGACCGCUUUUGCAUCGCACCCAUGUUGGACGUGCUCCUCUCCGGGGCGCCUCCCAGCCGCCGGCGAAUAUGUUGCCUCCUCCGGUUGCGUGGAAACUAAACGGGCGAACGUUGAGAACGGCCGCGGAAGCGUCUCAUCAACCCACAGCAAGUUUAAUCAGCUGCACGGUGGAGGGGGGGAUACAAAGGAUGCGUUGGAGCAUGACGAGGAGCGACAGAGCGCCGCAAACGUGAGUGCUGCACUCAUCAAAUUGGCUCACCGGUUACCGGGGCGAUUGAUGCAUGGCGUGCCCCGUAUGACAAGAUGUCCAUCCUGGUCGACUACGUGGUCAUGUGUUUGCUGCUGCACAGCCUGGUGCUCAUGACCUUCUGCUUCCACCACGCCGCCACCACUUGCUCCAAACACUGCUACUGCUCCGAGAGCGACGACGGCGGCGGCAAGACGGUGCGCUGCAGCAAUCAGCGGCUGACCGAGAUCCCGCAGGACAUCCCCAACGACACGCGGCGAGUCUACCUGGACUUCAACCUCUUGACUUCAAUCCCGGCCAACGCUUUCGCCGGCUUGUCCCACCUGUUGGAACUGGAUCUCUCGCACAACGACAUAAGUCAGCUGCAGCCGGGCGCCUUCCGAGGCUUGGGCUCCUCAUUGCAGUUCCUCGACCUUUCCGGAAACAAGUUGGCCAAUUUCAACGCCGACUCCUUCGAGGGCCUGCGGGCUCGGGCCAAUUUAACCAACAACCCCUGGCAUUGCGACUGCAACCUGCAGAUGGCCUUGCCCCGCGUGGACCUGGAGCCCGUGUCGCUGACCGGCAUCGUGUGCCAGACUUCAGACCCGGAGGAAAUGAGCGUUCAGGGAUUGGCCUUCCUCUUGGAGCCAGAUAUUGACUUGUGUAUGGUGAUGAAGAGGACUACAGACGUGGCCAUGCUGGUGGUCAUGUUUGGCUGGUUCACCAUGGUCAUCUCUUACUUGGUCUACUACGUCAGGGCCAACCAGGAGGACGCCCGCAGACAUCUGGAGUAUCUCAAGUCGUUGCCCAGCAGGCAAACCAAGUCGGAGGAGUCUUCCACCAUCAGUACUGUCGUUUAGCCUCGAGGCCAGUGUUUCCCAACCUUUACUAAGCCAAGGCAUAUAUUCGACAGGAGAACAAGCUCACAGCAGGACACAAAAAUCUCGUCCAAAGUAUAUGGGUCAGUCCACUGAGUCCGUGCCAUUUGCUCGUUGUAAAUCUCUCAAAAUCAACUUCAAGACCCUUCUGUGUGAAAAUUGGCAGAUAGGGGAUCACUGUAGCUUUUGCCUUCUACUGGAAGAGCAUUUCAGUAUUCUGCCUUACACUAUAUGUCGCUGGCAUUGAUAGACAGGUUGAUAGAUGAAAAAUAUGCAUUAUUUGUAGUAAAUAAAUAAUACUUUUCAGACCAGUUGAGUGAAAAUGGAUAAUUGAAGUGGUUGGGAAUCACUGCUAUAUGCUUACUAGGGUUUUUCUAAAAUGGGUACCAGCAACACUACUCACGCUUACUGAUUGAUGUGCUUUAUCAACUUCUCUCUGCUUUCAUUUAACUGCAGUGUUUUAAAUCACACAGACAACACAAAUGAUUCGUGAUUCAAAGUUUACAAGUGGAAUCAAACGGAAACUAUCUAGCAAGCGCAGCAAUGCAGAUUAUCAGAACGGCUCAGGUUAUUUUCCCCGCUUGCAUGGCCUCUAGGCAGAAUUCAAUCAUAAGCGCGUCACUUGUGCCUACUCCACUGAAUGACAAAUCAGGGGGCAACGGGUACCGAAGUCCAUCUUUACUGCUCCAUUCACCAAUAUAAAAAAAAAAAACAAAAAAAAAGAUAAAUGAAUGAUAAAACUCACCGACUUUGCUGGUUGAAUGAGAAGCUCGGGGCUGACAAUGUCACAUAGGAACAGGAAGGCCGGACAGAUACGACGACGGGUGGGGGGGGGGGGGGUAACAGCACUUAAGGAUAAUGAGGCUUUAAUGAGCAUUUCAUAAGUGAAUCAGUACUGUAUUCAAGAUGGGAAAUUAUUAGGAAUUGUGCCUCUGGGUUCCACAUCUUGGACAUACACCAAUCAAGAUGGAGCUGCCUUUACUUUCAACUUUAAUGAGCUGUGCUAACUGAGCUAAUUGUUGGUAAUAUGUUUCUGUGCAUGAAAAAUCAAGCCGAUGCAACGCGGCCCCGAUGAAUUAUUCAUCUCUCGGCGGCCCAUUAGCACUUUUAGCGGGAUGCGGUUCCAUGCUUUUAUCAGCGAGUAAAAAGCUGUGGCAUGUUUCGGGUGAACUUGGGUUAUGACUGCAUCUUGAAGUAGUUUCUGAUAGAUAUGAAGGUAUACAAAACGAAACAGCAAUACAUAGUGGAUUUUUUUUUUUUUUCCCCAUCGCAUGUACAAUACUCAUUUGUAUAUUUUCAUCAAAAAGAUGUUUGGCUUCUAAAGUGUUGGUCUUCUUGCAAGUGCGUGGAAUGCAUGAAUGUCAGCUGUCAAAGUUCACACUGUUCCUACUUAACAUAACAAUAAAAAGGCCAAUGUUCACA